AAUCCUCCCCCUUUAUUUUGGGUGGGAGGCUUCCGGACCGUCCCUCUGCAGGACCCCAUCUUUAAGCGUCUAGGAAAGGGGGGUGUGUGUGCGGGGAUCCCCGAAAGGGCUCAUCCCUUCGAAUGAUUUGGGGGGAAUUGCUACAUUGAUCGUCCCCCACCCCCACCCAUCGUCCCACCCGGCCCCUCCUCAAUUAGGACCCCAGAUCUGUGGGGGAUCAUCCAGCUGCUUUGCCGCUGCUGAUGAGGGAGCUGGGGCCCCCCAAAAAAGAUUGUUGAACUCCUCAAAAGACAGCUCCAGACAGUGCUGUAGAAAGACUCCCUAAUGCCUGCAGCCCGGAAGGAGCAUUAUGGAUUUGACUAAGAUGGGUACGAUUCAGCUCCAGAACUCCAGCCACGCGACUGGCCUUCUCCAGAAAGCCAAUCAGAUGCGCCUGGCCGGCACCCUGUGCGAUGUGGUGAUCCUGGUGGACAGCCAAGAAUUCCACGCCCACCGGACCGUCCUGGCAUGCACCAGCAAGAUGUUUGAGAUCCUUUUCCAUCGCAACAGUCAGCAUUACACCUUGGAUUUUCUCUCGCCAAAGACCUUCCAGCAGAUUCUGGAGUACGCCUACACCGCCACCUUGCAGGCCAAAGUUGAGGACCUAGAUGACCUGUUGUACGCGGCCGAGAUCCUCGAGAUCGAGUACCUGGAGGAGCAGUGCUUGAAGAUCUUGGAGACCAUCCAGGCGUCAGAAGACAACGACGCCGAAGUCAGCAUGACCGACGGUGGUGCCGAAGAAGAAGAGGACCGGAAGUCCAGAUACAUUAAGAACAUCCUGCUCUCCAAGCAUUCCAGCGAAGAGAGCGGCUACUCCAGCCUGGCCGGCCAGGCCCUGAUGGGGACGAUGGUGGAACACAGCCCCUCGGUCUCUACUUCCUUCAGCCUGGCGGCCAUGAGCCCCACCAAGACUGCCGUGGACAGCUUGAUGAGCAUCGGACAGUCGCUGUUGCAGGGGGCUCUGCCCCGCCAGGCCCUCGAGGACUUGCACUCUGCCAAUGGCCGGUGCCCGGCCAUGUCCGAGCUGAAGACCGAAGCAAUGCAGAUAGAGGAGGCCUCCAGCCACGAGAGCCCCAGGUCAGGAGAGCUGGGCGCUUCCGGAGGGGACAAAGCGGAGGAUAAAAACAAGCAAGGGCCUGGCACCCCGACCCGUAGCAGCGUCAUCACCAGUGCCCGGGAACUUCACUAUCCCCGGGACGACAACGCGGAGCAGCCCCUCGAGGCGGUCCAAGGCCCCCCAGUCGGGCCAGACCUCUUGGCCUCCCACGGGGAGAAGCCAAUGGGCAUCUACUCAGUGCUGCCCAACCACAAGAGCGAGUCCAUGCUCGGCCUGCCCGUCUCCAUGGCCCCCACGCUUCACGUGCAGCCGGCCCUGGCCGUCUCCAUGGACUUCGGCUCCUACGGAGGGCUGCUCCCUCAAGGCUUCAUCCAGAGAGAGCUCUUUAACAAACUCGGGGAACUGGCCGUGGGGAUCAAAACUGAACACCGGAGUGUCGGGGAGCAAUGCAGCGUUUGCGGGGCGGAGCUGCCGGACAACGAGACGGUGGAACAGCACAGGAAACUGCACAGUGCAAUGAAGACAUAUGGGUGUGAAUUGUGUGGAAAAAGGUUCCUUGACAGUCUCCGCCUUCGGAUGCACUUACUGGCUCAUUCAGCAGGUGCCAAAGCCCUUCUCUGUGAUCAUUGUGGUGCACAAUUCUCUAAGGAAGAUGCGCUGGAAAGUCACAGGCAGACCCACACUGGCUCGGACAUGGCCGUCUUCUGCCUGCUCUGUGGGAAACGCUUCCAAACACAGACAGCCCUGCAGCAGCACAUGGAAGUGCAUGCUGGCGUGAGAAGCUACAUCUGCAGCGAGUGCAACCGCACAUUCCCCAGCCACACGGCCCUCAAAAGGCAUCUACGCUCACAUACAGGCGACCAUCCGUACGAGUGUGAAUUCUGCGGGAGCUGCUUCCGAGACGAGAGCACUUUGAAAGGACACAAGCGCAUUCACACCGGGGAGAAGCCCUACGAAUGCAACGGCUGCGGAAAGAAGUUCAGCCUGAAGCAUCAGCUGGAGACCCACUACAGGGUCCACACGGGCGAGAAGCCGUUUGAGUGCAAACUCUGCCACCAGCGGUCCCGAGAUUACUCCGCCAUGAUCAAGCAUCUCAGGACCCACAACGGAGCCUCUCCGUACCAGUGCACCAUCUGCCUGGAAUACUGCCCCAGCCUUUCCGCCAUGCAGAAGCACAUGAAGGGCCACAAGCCGGAGGAGAUCCCAGCCGACUGGAGGAUAGAGAAGACCUAUCUCUACCUGUGCUACGUCUGACGGGAGAAGAGAAGCUGGAAAGGACUGGACAGAAUCAACCCCCUCGAUUGCUCCCUUCCCUUUUCCUUUUUUCACCCCGCCUCCCCCCAAUUUUCUUUCUCAUUUUGCUUUUGGUUCUACACGCCCAGGAGCUGCUGGCCCCUCCUUUCCCAGCUUCCCUUGCCCUGAAGGUUGCCAGGAGCAGAUGGGGCAGGGAGAAACGAGGGAGAGGGAAGAGAGCCUGUUGGGGUCCCUCAAAGAAUCCUCAUCCCCAGCCCUGGCCAGCUGUGAAGUUGUCUCAGGCUUCUUCUGGGCCCCUGUUGCUCCUUGGGGGAGGAUGGCUAAUUUCUCUCUGUCGGGGUGUAAACUGAGAUCCAAUCGAACCCUUGAGCUGCAGUUUCCCAAGGAUCCUUGGCACUGUAGCGUCAUGAGGAGCCUCUGCUGGGGUCCCUUUAUUUUGCUCCAGUGCUGAUCCCUGACACACCCAUGGUCCUCCUGGAAGUCACAUCAACAGCAGGAUUCAGUUUUCUGCACAUGCAUCCACCCGAUUCCCCAAAUUUAUACACACCCCUCACCGGUUCCUUUGAGAGGUGACCUAGCUGCCAAAUUCAAGGACAUGUUUGGGAGAGAUGGAACUGUUAGGGAGUCCUGUGAUGCCACAGCUGCGGGGAGGGUCCCAGCUGCCUUGAGACAUCCCAGGUCCCUCCUGGCAGCUGUCUUGAGAAGUUCAAGGAAGUGCAGGGAGCGUCCUGCGGGGGCUCUGCUAGGGGAGAGCAUUAGAACCCACAGCGCCAACCCUUUUCUCAUUGACUCCACCCAUCGCGUUUUGGCCUUGGGGGCUUAAAUGUUGGGGGGUGCUGCCUCAAAGAACGAGACCCCCAAAUGUGCUCAGAAUUUGACUCCAGUUAUUCUCUGGGAGCUGCGACUCCCUUUCUUCUGACCAAAGACCAUUCUAUGCAUUUAUUUUUAUUUAUUUAUUUUUUUGAAGCGAGAGGGAAGAGAGGGAUAAGGAGAGAGGCAGCAUAAGUUUGCACAUUGGCUAGCUUGGACGGCCAGCCAUGUCUUAAGCAGAGGAGAAAUCCAAAUGACAAGGCUUAGGGGAAACCCAGUGGCUGCUAGAUGGACCCUCCCGAACCUACCCUCUGAGGUUUGGGGGAGCUCUGCGGAGCCCCUAUUCUCAAGCCCUUCCCCAUUGACUUCCAUGGAAGUGAAAGAGCUGGGCUUUCUCCUAGUCAACAGCCUCAGUCCCACUCCUUCCUCUGGAAUAACCACAAGUCCAUGGACGUCUCACCUCCAUUCACAUGGAGAGAACCUGACCAUCAGUGGAUGGAGAUCAACCCAGACAUGGCUUCAAUUAUUCAUGAGGAUGGGCUGCCUGAAGACUCUUACCACCUGUAGCCGAUCGUGAAAUCCAUGGGUUUUAGGUGCAAUGCCGAGCAGUGUGGAAGACUCCUUGCAGUCUUGACUUCUGCACAUGGAACAGCCUUCUUGGUCCAUGGAGCUGUCCAAGGUUCAGCUUGGAUCUUCCUUCUGCCCAGGACUGAGGUCCUGAUCCCUGCCUAGCAAAUAUGAGGAUGGGCGGACUAAAGAGGCAGGGUUGGUUCAGCCUUGUGCCUUUUCUGCUCUUUGUGCAUCAUUGGUCUCCAGAUCAGUUGGCUGGGUAGGUCUGACCCAAAGUUGAGAGUCCCAUUGAAGCACCACUUCUUCUUCCCAGAAGGGUGGAAGACCCAAUUCCCAGAGAUGUAGGAAUUUAAUGCUGUCUGGGCAGGUGUGUCUCCUGGCAGCCAUCUGGCCUUAUUUGAGAGGCUAGAGAGCUAUUUAUUCUGGGAGUCCACCUUGCAACCAUCAGCAAACCUUCAUGUCCCCAAUACGUUGUUCUAGGGAGGAUCUUCUGCUUCUGCUUUGUACCUAACAACAUUGCCAAGAGGACAAACAGUUCUCUUGGUUGGGGGUUGCCUCCAAGACUCUCUUCCUCUCUCUUCCUUCUUUCUGCUCCAGGGAAGUUGUGCUACCUGGGACCUCUCCCCUCCCCUCCCCUCCCCUCCAGAACCUUAGGUUAGGGGCAGCUUCCAGAGCUUUUUCCAAAAUAGCCACCAAAUCGCAAUUUGGCAGAAGGAAAGAAGGAAGGAAUACAGGUCUGGAAGAACGAUUGUUUGGACUUUGUGUCUUUGAUUUAAGUGCAAUCAAAAUUCAAUCCAGUUUUAGAUUUUUACUUGUCCCCCUCCCUCGAUGUCCUUCUCCUGGGAUGCCCCUUGUAGAGGGCCACCUUAGCUUGCCCGCUUGAAACACUGGCAAGUGGCUUGAGGCUUCCUUGCUUCUCCAUCUUGACUCUUGGUGCCUUCAGCCAAGGGGAGAGCUUCUUUCCCUUCCCUCUUGUCCCCUCCCCCAUUGAACACCAUCCCAUCAAGACUCCUCCGGAGGCCCUUCCUGCCUGGACUUCUGUCGCCAUCGCAACUGAGAGGGGAAUGCAGCUGCCCUCCAUCUUUGUUGUGUCUUUGCUUUCAUUUUGAUGAUUUUUCUCAUUUUCGCACAUUGUACUUGAAAUGACCUCGGUUUCUUGUGACCUCAUGAGCUUCUUUGAGUUGGCUUUCUGCGGGGAGGGGGGGACGAGUUGGGGGUUCAUUGCUGAAAAGGCCACCAGGCAGGGCUGGAAAGGAGGGUUUGCACCCGUGUUCAAACACAGCCAACAAAACCCCACGGACAUUGCUCUCCACGCCAGCCUUCUUGUUUCGCGUUGAUUGUGCAUUAUUAUUAUUGUUGUUACUACCAAAAUUGGUGUUUGUUUUUACGAUCCAGCCUGACAUGGUUCAGAGAUGAUCUUGAAAAGCUACCUCUUUUUAAGUUGAUGUUGUUAUUGUUAAGUUUCUUGUUCCUUUUUUUUUUUUUGGCAGUUACAGAAGCACAGUUUUUGCAAUAUUUGUGGGCGGGUGGCUUUGUAAAUUUCACUUCAUCUCAUGCUUUAUAUUUACAAUUGUACAUUUUAUUUUGUAAUUUAGCUGCUUUUAUACACGGGGGAAUGUUCAGCAAAGAAACUGCAGAUCCAUGUUUCUCAACCACUUUAAGUGGGUGUGAGCUCCAACUCCCAGAAUUCCCCAUACUGGCUAGGGAAUUCUGGGAACUGAAGUGCCUACAGUUUAAAGUGGUCGAGAUGGAUGUGGUGUAGAUGGAAGAAAUUUAAGCGAUCUAUCUCUGUCCUGUUGCUCCACAUGCUUGCCCUCCUAAAAUCUGACCCUGAUCCUUCCUCAAUGUUGGAAAAUACUGAAGGCCUUAAAAACUGGGUGGGGUGGGGGAGAGAGAAAGAGUGAUAAAAGAGACUCUAUUGUAAGUCCAGAGAGUUGAAAAUUUUAGUGAAACCUUUAGCAAUUUGGUAAAAGGAAAGAAAAAAAAAAUAAACCAGUUAAACUUGAAUAUGUGAAUAGUUAAGUAGAGUUUUGUUUAUAAUGUGAAAAAAAAGAGAGAGAGAGAGAGAAACGACAGCAUUUGAAGCAGAAGUUUUAAUGAACAAUAUGCAGUAAACGUACCAGUGUGACAAUUUUGUCGGAAGCGGCAACUCCAACCGGCCCUUCUGAUGUAGCCCCAAUCUUGUUGGGUGUUGUCUUUUUAAAAUGGGGAGGGGGAGGGGUUUGAGGAGUCUUCCUCUCUUCCCCCGCCCCUCCACCAAGCUAAAAGUGUUGGACUGAUAAAUUAUUUCAAAAGUGUGAUAUUUUUGUAACCUCUGUUAGUCUCUGUGUGAAACAGGAUGUCGUCCCUCUUCUUCCCUUUGUAAAUGUGAACAGGAAUAUGUUUGCGUCUGCGGGUAUGCGUUGGAAACCUAGUAUUAAAUAAUAAAUCAUGCAGUAUUGUUGUAAAGCGUUUGCCAUAUCAGAUGGUACUCAGCUCGGGCGGGGAAUCCCGGCUUGCAAAGCACACUUGCGAAGGGCACGGGGGUCCAGGGUUUCCCUGCGGGACCUUCAGCCCGCCGUGGAGAGGAAGGGGUGGAAAGGACACGCCAGGGGUUUUGGGGAGCAAAUGGUGGGCUGGCCUCUCGCCACUUGCCUCCCUCCCUCUCUUAAUGAUGGUUGGCUUUCUAUCAUGGCAUGGCAUGAUCCAAGCUGGCUUGACCAGUGACAGGGUGGCAAAGCACUUGGCGCCACAAGGAGGAGGAAGAAGGUGAGUUCACAGAUGGAAUUUGAGGGCUUUGGAGGCUUGUCUGGGCUCCUUCCUCUCUUCCUUGGCCUCUUCACAGGCUGCCGUUCUGCCCCCCCCCUCCUCCCACCGAUCUGAGCGUGGGAUCCCCUCCCACCAACCCGCCACUCCGGCGUGUCCCCCUCCCACAGACCCCCCCCCUCACUUCCGUGGGCUUGAUUAGGCUUCCCUUUGCAAGUAUAUAUUCCUGGCUGUCUGUGAUUGUUGCUUUGGGGUGACAUUUCAGAAACUGGAAGCAGUACGGUUAUUGUGUACAAACCCUUGCUGGUGUGUGUUUCGUGCGUGUCCGUCCAAUGGAGAAAUAUAACUUUGUGGCUUUUUUGUGGUGGGAAACAAGACCGGGGCGGCUUCAUAGUACAAUCCUCAACACAACUUUGGGAAAAAAAUGGCUUUUUCCUUCUUCUUUUUCCCCCCUUCUUUUUGUCAACCUUUGUGCCUGAGAAGAAGGGUGUUUGUUUGUGUGUGUGUGUUGAUUUCUGCGCAUUUUGGGGGUGGGGGGAAAGAGGAAUAAAAUGCUGCAAUGCUUUCUUUAAUUAAUGAUUUGGUACCUUGGGGGAUUAAGUGGGGGGGAAUUGCUAGCUAAGGAAUGUCAUGGUAUGGCCCCCACCUUUAUUCUUGGAUAACAAAAUUCUGCUGCCCCCCCCCCUUGCAAUUUUUGACCCACGGUUCCCUGGCACUGGUAGAAGGGGCUCCCGUUGGUGCAAGAAAGCAUGCCCGGGCCACAUCGCACUCCAGUCAUCCCCCCUCUCCCCAUCCUUUGUGUCCCUUCCACCCCCACAGGGCUGUGUUCUGCUUCACAGCAACACCACUUGCACAACCGAAGCGUGGCAGCCCUCGCUCAGAGCUCAUGCCAAAGCUGCCAAGCCUUACUCUGUUGGCAGCUGCAGAGAAUUCGUCAAAACCUACUGAAUGGGCCACCUCCACGCUUCACUUCAAUUCAAAAUAAUCCAAUGGAAUUCUUUCCCACCCCCUCGUCACGCCCACUUCUUCCCUGACCCCGCCCACUUCAUCCUGGCCCCGCCCUCUAGUCUCUUGCAGGGGUGUCCAAACUUGGUCCCUUUAAGACUUGUGGACUUCAACUCCCAGAGUCCCUCAGCCAGCAAAGCUGGCUGAGUAACUCUGGGAGUUGAAGUCCACAAGUCUUAAAGGGACCAAGUUUGGACACCCCUGCAAGUCUAAAGGCUGCCAGAGGGGUCUGUGUUCCCUUGAUGGAUGCCAAGGCUGGGGUUGGGGGUUGGCAGACCCGGGCAGGGGGCCAAAAGAUGACCAUUCAAGCUUUUGCUCUCCCCUUACCAUGACCUCCCUCAGCCCAGGGCUGUCAUUUUCUUGACACGCAUCUCAGUAUUUGUUGGGCAUCGCGUUUCAAAGAGGCAUGACUGGUUUGGAGGCUGAGAAGAAGCCAUGCCAAAUCUCCAUGGAUCUUCAUAGAUUUCAGAUAUAUACCUAUAUAUCUAUUCCAUAUCUAUAUAUUAGCACUGAGGACCCAUUGCGUCCUUCUGGACCAAGCAAAUUUAAAGCUUAUUCUUCACUUGUUGUGUUUAAUCUCUUUAUCUCGUCAUGUUGUCGCAGUUAAAAGUGCCCGUUUGAUCGCUUCAUGUCAAAAGAGAAAUCCUGGUUUUUUGUUUUGUUUUGUUUUUUUAAAAUUGCUGUCCUGGCUCGGUCUACCUCAGCACCUCCUGUUAGCCUGACUUAAGAAGGUGCCAGUUAUUUUUUUGUUGUUGUUAUUUAGUUUAUUUUCCAAAUACUGUGUUAUGUAUAUAUAUAUUUUUUUUCCUGUACAAAGUACUUUUUCUGUUAGUUCCUUUGCAGUGCAGCUUGGGCGUCUUGUUAUAAGCUUUAGUCUUAGACGCAUUUAAGUUAAAAAUACACACACACACACAUAUACACACAAAAUAAAUCAGUUCUCCCUCUACACCCUGAUCCCCAAAGAAAGUUGUGGUGUCCUUUUUCUAGUUGCCAUUCUCUCCUCCUGCAUCUAUUCUGAAAGGCCCAGGAGAAAUUCUCUGUAAACUUUCCGUGUUUUCUGGCAAGAAGUGGGGGGGGGGACACACACGACAAAAGGAGUUCCCCCCCCCCACCUCAAACGAUGUAUUGCUGCAGGUUUUUUUUCCUCUCCAUUUGUCACUAAGUGAAGUUUGUGCCUUCUAUAGCAAAGAGAAUAUUUUUUACAUCCUACUAACAGUAGAUUUUUUUGUAGUGGACAUUUUUUGUAUUUUUAUUUAUAAGUCUCAUAAGGAAAAUAGCAAUGUUCAGUUGUAUAUCUUGAAUCUGCAGUUAGGAAUAAAAAAAAAUACAAUAAAGUUAAUUCAGUCGUUGA